AUACUACAAUUGAACGUACUUAAUCAAUAUUAUAUUGUGAAAAAAUUGUAAAACUUAAGCCGUUUGGAUUAUGAAAUAUUAAGAAAUGUGUGCAAAAAGGAAUUCCAUGUAAAUUGUGAAACUUUUUAAAUUUGGAACAACUAUUUAUAUAAAAAUUGGGGCACAGGUGGCACGAGGUACAUUAACUUUUGUUUAAAGACAAAGGUAAAAACAAAGGGUAAUUAUACAGUCUAGGUUUAACAGACUGGCUAUCUUAAGAAGAAGAUGGCUCAAUAUUAUACCUCCUUCACCUUAGCCACCUUUAUAAUCGUCGUUGCUGUCGCACCUCUAGUCACUUCGCAACCACCCUUAGCUGAUGCAUCUAUUGGAAAAGAUCGUGCCCUACGAGUAUCCUUAUUAAAAGCAGGAAAAAAUGUUGCGACUAAACCGAAAUGGGGAUUCUUCGGUACAGUAUUCAACCUUAUUCUGGAGCAAAUUAACGACACAAAAAGCGCGUAUGGACAAAUAUCGGAAUUAGUCAACAACCAAUUUGUAGAUGAUAAUACUGUUGUGACAAUGGCGCCUGAGACACCAAAUGGUACAACUGCAACACCGAAAAUUACAAGAUCGGAAUUUUUAAAAAUUCUUGAUCGUAAUCUCAAAGGUUUAGCACGACUUCGUAAUUUAGAAUGGCGUGAAUCGAGAAAGGAUUCUUGGUCCAACAUGCAGGGAUACUGGAGCGAACUUUUUGGAGGGAAAAAGGCAAGAAGUGUUGGAUAAUGCAUAGAUUUUAUAUGUAGUGAAAAGUGUAAAACUAGAUAAUUAAAAUUAAAUGUUCUUCGAGUUCUAAAUAUACGUAACCGUAUAACAUAAACUGUCAAUCAAUUGUUAGGUGUGGUGACGGAAAGCAAAAAAUUUGUUAUUUAAAUAAAUUUAUUUUUAAGAUUAUUUAAAUAGGAAAAAGUGCUUAGUUUUAUUGACAUAGGUGUAAAAAUAAGAUUGCAAUUUUUAAACUAAAUGUCGUUGCGCGAAUCUGUUAAUUUGUUAAGUAGGUAAUUUAGAAAUUAAAUGUUGUAAGUAUUAUACCUUUACAUCGUGCCACCCAAGACUA